AUGACAAAAUUCGACAUUGAGAUCGUGACCGACAGUGUCUGUCCCUGGUGCUACGUGGGGAAGACGAAGCUGGACAAAGCUACUGAGGCGUACAAGGAGGUGCACCCCAACUCGGAGGAUACGUUCUCGAUGACUUGGAUGCCAUUUUAUCUGGAGCCUGGAGCUCCACAGACUGGUGUGGACCGGAUUGGCUACUACCGAGCCAAGUCCGGCCGGGAGAGAACGGAUAUGAUGUUCAAGCGCCUCUCGCAGAUCGGGAGAGAGGUCGGCAUCAACUCCGAGCACGGUGGCAAAACUGGCAACACGCGGGAUUCGCACCGCCUGGUCCAGCUCGGCGAGUCCACAUCGCCAGCCUUGCAGACUCGACUUUUCGCUGCGCAUUUCGAGAACGAAGGCGACAUUACAGGUCACGAUGUCUUGCUGGGCGCAGCCGUCAAAGCUGGUCUCGACGAGAGCGAGGCCAGGGACUGGCUCCAGAGUGAUAGAGGGGGGCCUGAGGCUGAUGGGGAGGUCGAGCAGGCGAGGCUCAAGCAGAUCAGCGGGGUGCCAAACUUCACGGUGCAGGCGAAGUACGAGAUCGGUGGCGUACAGGAUCCGGCUGUGUUUCUGAGACUGUUUGAGAAGAUCAAGGCGCAGGAGGAGGGCGCGGAGGCUUGA